UCAGCAACGACCCCUAUUCAAUAUGGAGUACAGAAAAUAGCCUAUUCACUGCAUUUCCCUGCUCCCAUUCACAUUUCGGUUUGUUAUGCCAGUCGGGCCCGUCCUGUGAGCUCUCCUCUUGGAUGCUGGGUAACGGGACGUCUUCACGUACGUCGGACAUACUUGAAAUACCGAUUGAAUUGUAACGUUUUAACACGAAACAACAACCGCGCGGACGAGCAAGUGAACUGUAAAACUGUCCUGACACUUUAAAAAACUUCCGACUUGCGUGAAACUGGGUCAUUUUGAAUCUUCAACGUGUUGUCGGCAGCUCAGAGGAAGACCUGAACACGCCAAAAGUUCCGCCAAAGUUGAGUAAAAGUUGUGCAGAGCAACGGAGUAAUCGGGUGAAAGGUGACAGCCAUUCAGUGCGUUGACUCGUAGAAUGCACAAUGUGGCGAGUGUCUCAGCCUCUCUGGGAUCAGUGGGACUGUUACGUCUCUUCGGGGUGUCCUGGUCCUGGACUCUAGCAGCAGGCCUGGGUGUGUAUCUGGGCACCAGAAGUUGGAAAUACUUCUACAUUGCAGCCCGCACUGCCAAAAGAGACCUGAAUGGCCUGUAUGUGCUGUUGAGGGUGAAGGUGGCUUUGUGGCGUUACAUGCGAAAUGGAAGCAAUAUUCCUUCCAUCUUUGCCCAGACAGUAAAACUCCACCCAAACAAACCAGCACUGAUCUAUGAGGCCACAGGGGAGACCUGGACCUUCACCCAACUGGAUGAACUGUCUAAUGCUGUCGCCCACUGGGCCAGAGGUCAAGGAUUGGUGUCUGGAGACGUGGUGUCGCUCUUCAUGGAAAGCAGGCCGUUACAGGUAGCGCUUUGGCUGGGAUUGGCUAAGGUGGGGGUUGAAGCAGCACUCAUCAACUUUAACCUCCGCCAUGACUCCCUGCUGCAUUGUCUUGGGGUGUCAGGGUCACGGGCUAUCGUGUUUGGAGCUGAACUCGCCGAUGCCAUGCUGGAGGUGAAUUCCUCUGUCAGCCAAUCCAUAUUACGGUUUUGUACUGGAGAGAUCAGUACAGAACAUCUGGCAAAUCUGGGUUCUCAGCAUCUGGAUCCACUUUUAGCCUCUGCAGCGAGAUAUCCACCUUCACCUUGCUCUCCUCCCAAGAACAUGAAUGAUCGUCUGUUUUAUAUUUACACUUCAGGCACCACAGGACUGCCCAAAGCUGCCAUUGUGGUACACAGCCGUUACUACAGAAUUGCUGCUUUUGGGUAUUUUGCUUUCCGCAUGCGACCUGAUGACAUCAUCUAUGACUGCCUGCCUCUCUACCACUCAGCCGGUAAUAUAGUAGGAGUAGGUCAGUGUCUGAUCCAUGGUCUCACUGUCGUUGUGAAGAAGAAAUUCUCUGCCAGUCGAUUCUGGGAAGACUGCAUUAAAUACAACUGCACUGUUGUGCAGUAUAUUGGGGAAAUCUGCCGAUAUCUCCUGUCUCAGCCAGUGCGGCCAUCAGAGAAGGGUCACAAAGUCCGACUGGCGGUGGGAAAUGGGUUACGACCCAGUGUGUGGGAGGCUUUUACAGAACGGUUUGGGGUGGCGCAGAUUGGCGAGUUCUAUGGAGCAACUGAGUGCAACUGUAGCAUUGCCAACAUGGAUGGCAAGGUGGGGGCCUGUGGUUUCAACAGUCGCAUUCUCCCAAACGUGUACCCCAUCCGGCUGGUGAGAGUCGAUGAAGACACCAUGGAGCUGGUUCGGAACAGCAGGGGCCUGUGUGUGCCAUGCCGCCCUGGGGAACCAGGUCUUUUGGUGGGCCGUAUCAACCAGCAGGAUCCAUUACGGCGCUUUGAUGGCUACGCUAACCAGGACGCUACAAGGAAAAAGAUAGCUCAUAAUGUCUUCAAGAAAAACGACUCUGCAUACUUAUCAGGUGACGUUCUUGUAAUGGAUGACUUUGGAUACAUGUAUUUCCGGGACCGUGGAGGUGACACAUUUCGAUGGCGAGGAGAAAACGUGUCUACCACUGAGGUGGAGGGAAUACUCAGCAGCCUCCUGUGUCAGACCGACGUGGCCGUGUAUGGAGUAGCAGUGCCAGGUGUGGAAGGGAAGGCCGGAAUGGCUGCCAUCGUUGACACAACGGGAAGCUUUGAAUGCAACAGUUUCUUGCAGAAAGUCCAGCAAGCGCUUCCCCCUUAUGCUCGACCUGUGUUCUUACGAAUCUCUCCACAUGUAGACACCACAGGUACAUUUAAAAUCCAGAAAACCAGGCUGCAGAGGGAGGGAUACGACCCACGCCUCACCACUGACCAGAUCUACUUUUUAAAUGCUAGAGCUGGACGUUACGAGGCUGUCGAGGAGGAGCUGUACAAUGCCAUAACAGAGGGAAAAGUCUCUCUAUAACAGGGGGGACGUCAUGGUGCCUUGGUUAGACAGCUGUAGAGGAUAAGGUUCGUACCUUGGUGUCAGCAUCAAUCAGUCUGCUGCUCCACCCGCCUGGAUUUUAACCAUUCAGGGAUCAGAGUUGAAAUAGUUACUUACAUAGAAAGAGUCGGAACUGUUACGGAUAAGAGUUUAACACUGUAUGAGUAACACACGAAGACAUAAUGUGAGGGCAUUUAUUCCCUUUUAAUAACUUAUUUUUAAUCAAUAUUUGAACACCUCAAAAAGCUAUACCGAACAAAGUGGGCAUUCCCCACAAUCCAUGUGAUAGGAUACAUGUUACAGUGGUGUGGUGAGUGUGGUAAAGGGGAGGAUCAGGCCAGAUUUAGUUACAGGGUAUGUAACUGUUCAUGAAAUAUGCUGCAAGAUCAAUUCCGUGUAGGUUUAAGCAAUACUUGAGUGUGAAGCUAUGGGGUUACUGUUACAAUGUGACUACUAGAUUAAACACUAACAAUAGAGGUAUUUUUUAAUGAAAUUGAAGAACUAAUCCCACUUGUUGUUUGAACCUUUGAACAACACAGGCACGGGUUUACACAUUUUCACAAGUUGUUACUGUAUGUGCCUUAUCAGACUCCAGUUUUAGAGGUUUUCUUCAUCAGUUAGUUUUUCACAUUGUGUUCAACCAUUUCCUGGAAAGCAGCUCACAUGAAUGUGGAAGUUACGGGCAUGAUUUUUGUGUCAUGCAAGGCUGAGUCACAGACUGACCAUUGUUGAGUGUCUUAUCAGUGUAAUAAUAUAUAGAUGUUAAAGAUUGUAAGGCUAUUUACAUUUGAAAUCAUCCAGACUACAUUUGUUCCGUUUUAAUGCUAAUUAAAUGCUUUAAAGUA